CAAGAAGCACAUCUGUUAUUUUUGUUCCUUUUUAUAGCAACCUCUAAGUCAGACUUCUCACACUUGAGUAGGAACCCUUAGCUGCUAAGCGUUUUCCUGACCGAAGAGUUCAUGAGCCCCAAAGGGAGCAGAGGAAUUAAGCAGCAACUAGGUGGACCUCUGUGACUGGCUGCAGGAUGAUGAGAGAUAAGAGGAAGGUGUUGGAUGGGAAGGUUCCAGAGCAGAAAGGGUCUGCGUGACAAGAUGUGGUCACAGUCAGUGCUGAGAUUUCCUGAAUACUUCCUGUGCAGCCAGCUCCCUUUUAAGGAAUUGGUAUGCCUACUGUCACUCCUCGCCAUAAUUCUGGAAGAGGCCUCCAGUUUGGUUGGCAGAGUGGCGACCAGCUGGCCAAUUGGACGGGGCUCUUUAAUGUCACGGACGACUCGGCAGUGCAGAGCGGCAGUGACUCCAGUUCCAGGUACUUUGAAUUUUACGAGGGCCCUUUUGAGUAUAACUCCACAAGAUGCCUGGAGCUGAGGCACGAGAUCUUGGAAGUGAAGGUGCUCUCCAUGGUGAAACAGUCGGAGCUGUUCGACAGGUGGAAGAGCCUCCAGAUGUGCAAAUGGGCGAUGAACAUCUCUGAAGCCAACCAGUUCAAGUCCACUCUGUCCAGGUGCUGCAAUGCCCCCUCCUUCCUCUUCACCACCCAGAAGAACACGCCCCUGGGGACGAAGCUCAAGUACGAGGUGGAUACUAGCGGCAUCUACCACAUCAACCAAGAGAUCUUCCGCAUGUUUCCCAAGGACAUGCCCUACUACCGGUCCCAGUUUAAGAAGUGUGCGGUGGUGGGCAACGGGGGCAUCCUGAAGAACAGCCGCUGCGGGAGGGAGAUCAACAGUGCCGACUUUGUCUUCCGGUGCAACCUACCCCCCAUCUCAGAGAAGUACACCAUGGAUGUAGGGGUGAAGACAGACGUGGUCACCGUGAACCCCAGCAUCAUCACAGAGAGGUUCCACAAGCUGGAGAAGUGGCGGCGGCCCUUCUACCGCGUGCUGCAGCUAUACGAGAACGCGUCGGUGCUGCUGCCCGCCUUCUACAACACGCGCAACACCGACGUGUCCAUCCGCGUCAAGUACGUGCUGGACGACUUCCAGUCGCCGCAGGCCGUCUACUACUUCCACCCGCAGUACCUGGCCAACGUGUCGCGCUACUGGCUCAGCCUCGGCGUGCGCGCCAAGCGCAUCAGCACCGGCCUCAUCCUGGCCACGGCGGCGCUCGAGCUCUGUGAGGAGGUGCACCUGUUCGGCUUCUGGGCCUUCCCCAUGAACCCCUCGGGCCUGUACAUCACCCACCACUACUACGACAACGUCAAGCCCCGCCCCGGCUUCCACGCCAUGCCCUCGGAGAUCUUCAACUUCCUGCACCUGCAUAGCCGCGGCAUCCUGCGCGUGCACACGGGCACCUGCAGCUGCUGCUGAGGGCGGCGCCGGCCCUCCGCCGGCUCCCCCGGCACACGGGGACCCCCGGCACACGGGGACCCCUGGCACACGGAGCCACGCUCUUCCUCGCCGGCCUUCAGGGCGGAGCGAAGGCCUGGCACUGAGGUUGGCACUCUCUUGGAUGCUCAGCUUCAGACUUGGGUCCUGUGGGCUCUGGGAGGCAGGGAUGCGGGCCAGGCAGACACAUCUCUCUUCGCACCGCCCCACCUCCCCGCCCCGGCCACACCUCAAGAUGGGGGCCCUGGGGAUCGCAAGGGAAUCAAGCACAUUUCCACUCAGUUUUAGCAUUUGAGAGAGCACAAACCGUAUGGCCUCUUUGCAGCUAAUGGAAGUCCCUACUGGGAACAGAAAAGAUGGAGACAGAACAUGUGAGGACAGUUUAGAUGUAACUCAGACUUUUGAGUUCCUGACUCUUAUUCCCAGGCCUCAGCCAUGAAUUGUGGUCUAGAAUCUCAGAGCUAAAAGGCUAACAGAGCGGCCAGACCUUCCUGUGAGGACAGUGGCUCAGAGAGGUCCAGGGAUUAUUAACUGAGUUUCCACCAACGAGUAAGUGGCGCUGUGAGAUCUGAUGCAAGGGCUGUGGAUUAGGAUCUUUGCUCAGACACUGUCACCCAAGGAGAGCCAUCCCCUUCAAACACAUCCUCAGACACACACGUCUUGGUGCCUCCAGGUUCAAUCCUGUGUUUGACCUUUUGAUGAGAAGGAAAUAAACCAGACCAGCCAUUUGCACUAAGGUUUUCAAGCCAACGUUAUCGACUCAAUAAGUGCUUAGCGACUUGCUUCCUCUUCUGUCUCCCUAUUUUCAGCUCUGUUUUAACCAGGAGUUAUUUAUAAGAUCCAUCCCUCUGUGUGUUCCUGAAUACUGCAGUUCCUGCUGUAUCGUGUUCCUGAAUUGGAACCGUAAGGCUCUGGACUGGAAAGCGCUGACAUGUGACUGGUGAGCUUAGCGACGGAAGUUGAGUCGUGGCCUCCGACACCAGCAUCUCUGAGGUCUUACUGCGAAGGCGGGGUUUCCCGCAGCAUGCAGCGUGCUGGCCUUCACUGUGAGUGGAUCCUCAGAGCCUGUGCUUUGGGAAGUCAGCUGUGCCUAGGCUGAAAGGGCUUCACGUGUCGUUUCACAUCGCUUUCCUCCCCCUGUGGUACUCCCACCAUGAAUGAGGCUGUGCCUGAUACACACGGUUGGUGAAUUGCCUUAGAAUUUAGCUUUGUGGAACCAUAGAAGGUUAGUGCUGGAGGAUCUUCAGCCUGCUCCUCCUUUCCUCCCUUCCUGCUCUCUCCCCUCCUUCCCCUAAACAUUUCCAGAAGCCUGUUCUGCUUUGGUUUGGGGUGAGGCUUGGGAAGACAUGAUGACAAAGACAGGUUCUCUGUCUUCCAGAAGUGGAGGGCAGACCAGAGACACAUUAUUCCGGCUCCGCAUGCUGAGUGUAAUGAGAAGGAGGAGGGAUGGUGAGAGCUCCGCACGCAGGGAGCAGAACCUUUCGUCUGAUCACCUCAUUUUACAGGCAGAGCAGUAGGCCCAGCUGGUGAGAGACCACAGCACACAGGCCCUGUCCCGGGUCCCCAGGCUCCCCGUCGAGGCCAAAACCCCUUCCUCUUGCUUGGGUUUCAUGUUGGUGGGGCCAUUAUGGAACGAGUGCUCCAUGCACAACAGUGUUCUAGGUGCUGGCCUUGGUUCUGAGCUCCGGUCCUCACGGGGGAAACCCUGGGCUGUUCUGAGCCUAUCUGCUUGUCUGCAGUGCAAGGAAGUAGCCAGUGAACCAAAGUAGGCCCAAGGACGUGGUGAACCAGGGAACACCACCGGGGACAGUGGAUGAUUUGCUUUCUUGGGCUCUGCCUGUUUCUCCAAGGAAGGAACAUCUGAGACAGAGUCCAGUUAACUGAGGUUUCCAGCCACUUGUUUGUGGUUAGUUGGGCCCAUUCUUGAAACUACAGAAUGUUAGACCCGGAAGACUCGUAAAGACCAUUUUGUCCCCCUUAAGGAAGGAGAUCCAGCAUAGGGAGGUUACCUGGCUUAAAUCAUGCCAGGGGCUUACUGAGCACAUGCAGUGGACAGAACCUUGGUGAGUCAGACAUCAGGGUUCCCACAGCCAAGGGUGUCUGCCCCAACCAGCGCCCUCAUGGGAGUUGGGGAUGGAGCAUCACAACCCAUCCCAUGUAGGAGCUGGACUCCUUGCUUUUGGUCCUGUUGAAGUCUGAGGGUCUUAGGGCAGUCCCUUCUCCUUUCUUAGGUCUCCAUCGCCUCAUCUCUACAACCAGAAGCUUAGAAAAUAUCCCUAGGAUCUCUGUAAUCUUUAAUUUUAUUGUUUUUGUAAGUAUUCAUGAUGUAUGGAUCUAAGCCAUAAAUAAUAUUUAUUGCUCUAAUAGCUAAGAUUUCCUGCACGCUCAUUUUGUAUCAAGCCCUGCACUCGGCGCUUUCUUUGCAUUAUCUCCUGUGAUCACCACAAGACCCCUUGGGGUAAGCAGGCUCCACUGGGGAGACAGAGGCUCAGAGUCAUUUGGUAUCUUGCCGAUGGCCAGACACCCAGUAGAGGAAACCGCACCCAGGUCUUGUAGAAACCCGAAGCCUGCACUCCAAACCUCUGUCUUCGCCACUUCCUAACCAGUGUCCCCAGGGUUGGCACAAGAGGGAAUCCUUGUUCCAGAAGGACUGAGAGGCCGCUGCAGGGUGUGCUGGGCCCUGCUCUAGGGACAGUGCUUGGAGACUGGCAUGGGUUCAGAAGGGAGUCUGAUUGUAGCUGCUUCUUCACCUGCACCCCGCCCCAGCCCUGGCCACAGUAGAUGCGCCCACAGUGCAGUGAAGGGAGGGGAGCAGAGGCCACAUUUUGCAGAAGGGGUCCACAUUAAAUGAUGGUGUGUUGGAGGACUUGCCCAAGGCCACAUGGCCAGCUAGUGACUCAACUGGGACUCGGUCUCAUGACUUCCACACUACACUUUUCUCCUGCAGCCAGUGUUUGUAGGAAAAGCACAUUUUCAAAGGCUCAGAAGACCUGGGCAUUGACUCAGGAAGCCCCCCACCCCCAUGUGCCUCAAAGCUCCGCCCCCAUCCCACCGUGCAGCGCGGACAGCUAGUUAUAUAUGAUAUCCUUAUGUGAGGAAAAUCAGUUCCCCAAACAAAACAACCAUCGUGUCUUCCUUUGUGCUAAGCCCACUGCUCCAGGCUUCCCAGGGGACUCGGACAGUAAAGAAUCUGCCUCCAAUGCAGAAAACUCAAGUUCAAUCCCUGGGUUGGGAAGAUACCUUGGAGAAGGGACUGGCAACCCACUCCAGUAUUCUUGCCUGGAGAAUCCCAUGGACAGAGGAGCCUGGCAGGCUACAGUCCAUGGGGUUGCAAAGAGUCAGACAGGACCGAGUGACUAACACUUUUACUUUCACCAGGCUUGAAAGGCAGUGAAAACAAGUAAAUGACUCCGUGCUUAGUCAAGCAAAAAGGAAGGUGGCUUAAGGUCAGAUGCAACCUCUGAGACCAUUUUGGCAAUGCUGCUGUGGCAGCUCUGCCCACUAAUCGCCUGGUCUUGUAGAUAGUCCAUUGCCCUUGAUUCUGCUGAGUGUAGGGAGGAGGCGAGGGCAGAGUUACACAUAGCUGGCUUCAGCCAGGUAUUCAGCAAAUCGUUACUGAGCACUCAUUUUGUGUGGGGCAUUUGGGUAGGGGCCUUUGAGCUAGUGAUGAGCAGAGUGUUAGCCCCAGCCCUCCUGGAGCUUAUGGUCUGGUGGGCAUGUCCAGAUGCUGCACUGAGUCCCCCAGGCACGUGUAGGAGCUGAGCUGAGUACUGGCAAGUCUGGGCUCAGGGUCAGGUAUCACGAGAGGAGCACCAGGCCUUGCAGGUGUCGGUCCUGAAUUCUGAAGGUUGGCAGAAUGAUUGCAAUUGCUAAAGCGGUAGAUCCAUGUCAGGCUUCAUUCCUCAACAUCCAUGUGACAUGUGACAGGGGUGAGUGGCUUCACUGGUCGUUUGAGUCCUCUCUUCCUUUUUUUUUUUGGUAAGGAACCACUUUACCCUGACUUUCCUCCUGCCUCUCUGAAUGCUCCUUCUCAGGCUCCUUUGUUGACCCAUCUUUUGUGAAGCUUCCUCAGGGUUCUCUUCUCUUACUAGGAGUGUUCCUUUAGAAAUUGCAUCUGUUCACAGCCUCAAACCUCUCCUGUCCUUGCAUCUUACACCCCUUACUGGGAGGCCAGUUCUCCUUUGGAGCAUCAGAAACACGCUCACUGUGGCUUUCUGAAUGCCUGUACCUGCUCAACAUCUCAGCUUGUACAGUUAAAACCUGCUUAGUGUGCCCUCAACUAGCACAGUUAAAAGGACAAUCUAGAUUCAAAGUCACAUCCCCCUACUUACUGGUGACUUUGGGGGAACUGCCAACGCCCUCUGGAGGCUCUGACUCAUCAUCUGAGGUUUAGGCCAGGACACCAGCUGUGGAAUAGGGUUGUGCGAUGCCUAGCACAGUGCCGACACAAACUAGACACCCAGAGAACAGGUUCCUUCUUCCCCCUUUCUUCCCCCACUGAAUGGCUCUACCUCAUCACUGGCCCCUCGGUCCCAAACCUGGGUCACUCUUGGCUCUCCUUCCUCCUUCGCUUUCUGUCUGUUUGUUCACCAGAUCGUAUCAAUUCCAACUCAUAAAUAUCCUUUGAAAUCAUUCCCUCCGUACAUUCCUUCUGCCACUGCCCUAACUCGGGCCCUCUGAUUGAUCAUUCUGCUUCUAGAGAAUUACCUUCUGGAAACACCUUUGAUGAAGUCCAUUGACUUCUUAUAUAGUCCAGAUUCCUUUACCCAGACAUGCAGGGGUUGUCCCAAGCUGGCUCACUCACCUUCCCAGAGACCCUCCUGCCACCACCAUCCCGCCAGGACUCCUCCAGGGGCUGUAGCUUCGCACGAGCUGUUGGAAAUGCCUGAAAUGGCCCUUACCUCCUCCCUCCUUCCUUUACCCCACCACUUGUGCCGGUAAUGUCAGGUGAGGGCCCCCACCUCUUCCCCUCUGUGAGCCUGGGCUGAGCACUCUCUGCACUUCUGCAGGAACCAUCACUGACUCCUGUUAGGACGUCCUCACAGCACACCACCAUGGGUGCGCCUGUGUCCUUGGCCGAGGCCCGCCCUUUCCCUAGGAGAAGGCGCUGUAUCUGGCUCUUCUUGGUGUCCCCAGUGCUGGCACAGAGCCAUCUGUUAACUAUAGCAGUGGACUCUCUGAUUAGUCGGUGUGUUCCAGUGGUUCAGGAGACCCCGCUAAUUAACUGAGUAACAUGUAAUUGUCAGCUUAGGCGAGUCCUCCACUGAUUAUUAUCAUUAUUUUUGCCUGGUACCUUGCAUGUGGGAAGCAUUGCACUGUACAGACUCCCCCACCUGCCCUUGGGGAGCUUGGGGCACAGGUCCCUGUUGUGGUUGCUUGCUGGCUCCAUCACCUGGUCUCUGCUGCCUUCUCUUUGCCUCCUUCCAUUAUAAUCUUGUAUUGAAUCCCUGGGUCGGGAAGAUCCCCUGGAGAAGGGAAUGGCAACCCACUCAAGUAUUCUUGCCUUGAGAAUUCUGUGGACAGAGGAGCCUGGUGGGCUACAGUUCAUGGGGUCACAAAGAGUUGGACACAACUGAGCAACUAACACACUAUUAUAAUCUUCUUCCUCAUCUGCUUCUUGCCUAGUCACCAACUCUCUCUAGUUUAAGCAAAAGAUGGAAAGAUUUUCUUUUUCCCUUCCCUCCUGCAAAACCACAGAGAUUUGUCAGAAUCUUAAAUCGCUGUGUUGAGGUACAGACAGGGUAGCAGUAUACGAGGGACUAAUCAAUAAUGUCUCAAGAACAAGUGGAAAAUGCUAUAUUUAUUGGCUGGAAAACAAAUGAGCUGAGCUUUGCCAAAUGUCUGCUCCAGAGGUCCAGUGGUAGGUCAGGAGCUUGGGGGAUCUCUUUGUGGGAGGCGGAUGGUGUGGCUCUGAGUUCAGCACAUACCCUGGCCUCUCUCCCGGCAACCUGGGCACCCUUCUAAGGAGGAGGCUGACUGUGGCUUAUGACCAGAUGAGGCCAGGCUUGGGGUGUGCCGAUGCCCAGGGUGUGCCCUGUUCUCUUGUUCUUUAGAGGGCUGAUCAAGCCAGGCCAGCCUCAGGAGGUUGAUUCAAUCCUACAGGGCGCUGUGAUAAAGUGAUAAGUUCUUCAAGGCAUAGACUGUAGAUCUCUUGUGUCAGAAUCCCCUAAGUGCUUGUUAAACCCCCUGCCUCCAGACUCAGAACCUGGGGGAGGGGGGUGAUGUGGGUCAAUGAGCAUUGUGACUCCAAGACCAGCUGGGCUCUCCAGGUCAUCUUGGGGCCCAUAUCUGCUGGAGAACUGGGUUCUGCACCGCUAGUGGGUCAGUGGCUACUGCCAGGUGAGUGAUGUUGUCUGGCUUGAAAUUCAGACUGGAGUCUUAAGUGAUAAAGAAGAAAAAACAAGCAUAGACUUUGAUGUGUUUUAGAAACAUGAAUAUAAAACAUAAUCCACUAUUAAAUUCACAACAGAAAUGGACUGCUUAGGAAUCUCUGACAUUUAUGAAAUCUGUUUUGGCCUGGACAUUAUCAGUGGUUUCUCUAUUUUUCAAUUGUGGGUAACAUACACAUAAGAUUUGCUGCCUUAGCCAUUUUUAAGUGUACAGUUCAGUAGUGUUAAGGUGUGUAGCCAAUCUCCAGACUCUUUUUUUUGCUGUUGUUAUUGCAAAACUAAAACUCUACACCCAUUAAAGGACAGCUCCUCGUUUCCCCCUCCGCCAGCUCCUGGCAGCCAUCAUCCUUUCUGUCUCUGUGGCUUUGACUACUCGAGGUCCCUCACAUAAAUGGAAUCAUAGUGUGUCUGACUUUUUGGUGACUGGCUUAUUUCAUAUAGAAUCUCUUAGGUAUACUCUGUUCUCAGAUGACUUGAACUGGUUUCAGUGUCCCCAUGAUAGGAUUCUGAUUUUAAUUUUUGCCUAGAACAGUUGUCCUGGGCUGUUAUCUGUUCCCUGGCUUCUGGCAACCUCAGCAUCUUUGCUGAGGGUCAGAACAGACCCGAUCUUGCUUUGCUAGCUUGACUCAGCUGUCCUGGCCAGUCAGUGUCCUGAGAGGCAAUAGCUCUGCUCAGCUUCUAUAAGUCUAUAGAUAUUUCUCCUUCAUGGUCUCUUCUGAGAAUCUGCUUUUCUUUUUUUAACAAGAGAGAGAGGGAGAGAGACAUCCAUACAUUACCAUGACUUAGCUCUUGGCACAAAAGCCAGAAAUCAGUGACUGUCUCUCUUUGCAGUAGGGAGAUGGUUUCCUUGGCAACCAAGUAACUCAUUUCCUUCAACUAAAUGACUUGUUCAACUUUAGGGUAAAAGUGUUGUUUCCUCUAGAAUUGUGGUCCUCAACCUUGUGUUCACAUUGAAGUCACCCAGGGAUCUUUAUAAAGCAACCCCGUGCCAGCUCCUCAUCUUUCCAGAGAAUCUGAUUCACUUGGCCUGGGGACAGGGCCCCAUAUUCUUAUUUUAAAAAAUCUCUUUUAAGUGAAUCUACUGCACAGAGGCCGAGGGUCUCUGUCUUUGCGACACAUCGGGGUCAUCUGGAGAGCUUUAAGAGCUACUUGUGCCUGAACUUUGCCCCCAGAAGUUCUGAUCCAGUUGGUCUGAGGCAUGACCUGGGCGGGAGGGCUUUUCUGACUCUCCAGAUGACCCUACUGUGCAGCCGAGACUGAGAACCACUGUUCUAGCCCGGCAUCCCCUAAACUUGAAACUGUGUCAGAAUCACUCUGAGAGCUCACUGGUUCCUGGGCCCCUCCCUGGAGUCUGAUUUGGUGAGCCUGGCAGGGAGCUUCCUUGCCGCUUCCUAAGUGAUGCUGAGGCUGCUCCUGGGACCCACACUUUGAGGAGCACUGCUCUGCCUGAUAUCUUGUAACUGGCUUAGCCCAACUCUGCUGGCAUUUGUUUCCUGGUUAGUGGUUGGGAGACUUGAUUCAGGCUUGAGACUUCUUAAAGGUACCAAGCAGCUCUUUUUCUGAACAUUUUCAACCUUUAAAUAGACAUUAUGAAAUCUUUUUAAAGCAAAGUUAACUAGAUUUCCUCUCCCAGGGUUAGGAGGCUCGGCGUGUGCUUGAAUUAAGAUUCAUUUGUUCCUGGAAUAGGGAUGCGUUUGGGGAUUAGCGCUAACGGGCUGGAAUCUCUGGAGUUGGUGACCAGCCUGUGUCCGGGUGAGGGUCUCCCCGUGAUGAAUGCUGGGAUAAGAUCAGGGCACCACAGUGCUCUCUUGAACACAAAGCCGGGGCUGGUGCUCUGCCCACCAUGCCAUGGAAAACAAACAAGGUGGUGAUGAGGCAGCAUCCCACAGACAUGGGCUGAUGUGACCCAGGGUUCACACCUGCCUUAUGCUCCUCCUUCCUUUCCCAUUUUCUGUUGGAAAAGGCUCAAGUUGAAACCAUCGAGCUAGUGCCGAGAUCCUGCCUCAGUCUCUUCUGCCUCCAAGUAGAGGCCAGUCCCCUGGCCCUUCCUUCUGAGGAUACCCACAGUAGUGUGGCCCCAGCGAGCCCUUUAUCACUGUGGCAGCUCACAAUUUCACAUUUAGCUGCAAAAUGUAUGAGAAACCUUGAACAUCUUAAAGAUUUGUUAAAGGAGGAAAUAAUUGCUAUUUUUUUUUUUUUGAAACAAGGUCAAAGCACACCUCAUUUCCCAGGGCCACUUACCCAGCAAGUUCACUCAGCCUCAGGCAGCUGGGGACUCUGGUGAAGGAGAAUUAAUUUUGAGCCCCUGUAGUAGAUGCUAUAAAGCUCUGUAUCAAAGACCAAACAUCUUGCUAACAGCAAAUCCCUCACGGCAUUCAUGGAAUUUAAUUUUAAAUUCAAUUCCAGUGAACUUGAUUCUGGUUUCUAAUAAUAAAGCAAAUUAAGAGAAUGACAACAGGUGCUAGAUUUAGCAAGAAGCGGCAGCUAAUAGACUAUUAUAAUGGCAUUAAAAAGACCAAAGCUAUACAUCUCAGAAAAUACCAAGUGAUCUGAUGCUAUUUAGUGCAGGGGCCAAUAUGUAGUAACAACCCCAAGGGCAACAAAUAACCCCUCAGAGCAGCCCAUCCUGUGGUGUCCACAGCCACGCAGAGGUAUGAAAAUGCUCAAACAACGUUCAGUAGACUGUGUUUAAGGAGGCAGAGAAGUGCUUUAUCCACUUGGAAUUAUUUUCAUCCCCAAGCACUUGAAACACAUUCAUUGAAAUCUUGGUGCUUAAAAGAUUAGCCCUCAGUUAUCUUGAAGUUCAGGUUGGUGAAGUUCAAGUUCAUUAUCUGAUCAUACAGGAUUCAUGAGCUGGGUAAACUCUUUGAGACUUACUUUCUCUCUGACAUUUGCCGCGCCACCCUCCCCACCCUCCACACCACCCCACCCCCACCCCCGCAAGGUGGAGGGUGAAGGACACCCCUUCCGCCGUCCUGCUUUACAGGGAAUGUGCAGGGUUGGUGGUGGUGGCCGGUGGUGGCCAGGUGUCCUCUGCUUCCAACUGUGGUGUCUCUACUGCACAUGGGAGGGGAUCUGGAUCUCAGCUGGGGCCAGGGCUGGCUCUGCAGUGACUCUGCCUGGAUUUAUCUGUGAAUUUAAGAAUAGGCCUGUUUGUUUGUCUUCUUGUGAAAGUGAACACUUCUGCUGUCUACACACCUUCAUCACCUAUUUUCUCACCAGCCCUCGCUGUGUUCCUAGGAGGAGGGAAAGGCAGUUAGCGGCCUGCAGACUGGACUGAGGCCGGGGAGGAUGACAGAGGUGUGUCCUGGGUCACACGGAAUGCUGGUGGGACCCUGCUAGGGUGCCCAAGCUCCCCAACGGGCAGGGGGAGGUGGCCCUAUCUUGCUCCCACCCUAAGGCCCUUCUGUUUUCUUCCCUCUGGGUUAUCUGGUUGCCUGGAGUCAGGUUCAGGCCUGGGGCUUACCCCUGGCCGCAUACCCUGCCCAGCCUUUGUGGGGAGGCUCCUCUUUGGUAUUCGUUCCUCUCUGGGCCCCCAGCAUUGGGAGUUGUACCUGGUGGGGUGAGAAGGAGGCAGGUUUACUUGGCAGAGGGUCAGCCAAGGCCACAGGCCUGAGCACAGCAGGCGUGAGGAGGUGGUUGGCAGUCGAUCCAGUGAUGCCCCCCAUUGCUGUGCUUGUUUGUGGGGGGCUGGGGGUGUCCCGAGUGACAGCUCCUGCCAGCCUCCCUGCCCCUCCACAGGACCCUCAGCCUCUGCUGGGGCCGGCUUCUGAGCAAGUCACUCUUCCCAAGUUUUUUUGGGGGGGCAGGUGGUCCUCCCUGAGGCUUCCACACUCUGCACACAUGUUUUAGGGGUGCAACAGGGUCUCUGAGGCCUGCCAAUUCCCUUUCUGGACCCAACUAACCUCUCUUCAGAAAGCCAUAACUCUUCUUCAAAGCUGUAUUGUGUGAACUGUGAAAUAUACGUAAAUGUGUAUGUAUUUUUUAAACUCACAUGUUAACUCAAUGUGUGUACAAGAAGUCGUCCAGUGCUACAGUUUGGAGUCGAACCUCUGCCACCUGGCUCCUCAAGUGAAGGCAGGACAGAUGAUGGGGGUCCACGAGGGAGCUGUGGAAACCUCCUCCUUACAGCCACAUGCUCCCAGGCUCGAUGUUGGCUUCCAGGAGCUCACGCGAAGGCAGCCAGUGGAGUGCUCCCGAGGGGCUGGCGGCGGCGACUCGCCCCUGCGUGGCCUCCUGUGUGUGAAGACAAAGUGGCCUUGCCGGUCUGACCUCCACAUGCUCCUCAAACCCAUCCCGCUGUGCUUUCCUCUCCCAAGAGCCGCAUCUCACUGCACUGCGCUCCAUAGAGCCUUUCCCCCUGGAGAAGAAAAGGGAGGCUGAGAUGUUGUUUGCUGGGCUGCACAGAAACUCAGUCUGGACAUGGAGCUGGAGCAUUGCUUUUUUAAAAAAAAAAAAAUCCCUCUCUUGCUCUGGUUGAUUUGCUCCCUCCGUUUGUCCUGGAGAGAAAUGCUCUGUGCCCCUCCGGAGUGUUGGGAAGAUGAGGUUGCAGUCAUUAUUUUCAUGCAAAUUUUGCUGAGGAGCAGGGGUUCAUAGAAACUCUUGCAGCCUCAUUCUAGCUUGUGUGCGGCUGUCCUUGAGUGAUCCUGAAGUGGUGACUGUGACCUAAUGCCUGAGAACGUAAUCAGGGUAAUUUGUAUCUGUCACUGUGUUUGAAAAGCCCUCAAUUCCACCCAAUAAAACCAUUCAAGUGGCU